GCCGUACAUUUUGAAACGCUGAGUUUGGACCUCGUUCAGGACAUAUCAACACCAUAUAUUUAACCACACAAGUUGAGAAAUUUCGUCGAAUACAAUAUCUGUCAUGGAGAUUUUUCAAGAGCAUCGAGAGAAUGGAUGAUGAAAUCGACCUAUCGACGGCCCAUUUAGUAAAUAAUGUUUGCUGAGAAUGCCCUUCGAUACAGAUUGGUUUAACUCGAGGGGUUUUUAUCCCUUAGACACGAAAGGCGCUGACGAGUACUUAGUGGUCGUAAAAACACCACAGAAAUCUUUCCUUGAGAUCCUACAGAGUGGUUUUAUAAGCUCUCAUAACAUCUCUAACAUGUCUUGCCCGCAGCAAUCUCCGAGAAAGAAGAAAGCAAAAGAAGCGAACAGCGACGACGAGGAAGAUCAAGAAGAGGAUAUUCCAACAACUUACGAAUUGUGGCAAGACUUCCUACAUAGUCUGACCCUUCACGGGUUUCGUUUCAUAUUUGAAGAAGGACCCAAAAUUCGUCGUAUUUUCUGGCUCCUCAUUUUGAUUCUUGCUGUUAUGAUGCUACUUCUGCAAGGCAAGAAAAGCAUACAAAAAUUCUUCGAUCGCCCGACAACUACGACAGUGCAAGUGGAGUUUUUGGAUCAGAUUGUAUUUCCUGCUGUUUCCAUCUGCAACUUUAAUCUGUUUCCAUAUUACCUCAUAAAUGGCACCAUAGGAGAAAAGGUUAUGUCCAUUCUUGCACCUCAAAAAUACAUCGACAACAAGGAAGAAGUGCUGUUCGCACGUUCACCGAUUCCGAACUUUCUUAAUUAUCUUCGUCGCCGUCGCCGUCGCCGCGAAAAGGACACGAAAAAAGGCGACGACGACGAUGACGUCGAUGUUCUCGACGACACGUCGAUCGAUAUAGACGAUUCUUUUGACUUUGCUCAGUUCGUGAGGACUCAUGGGCAUCGGAUUGAUCACAUGAUCAAGAAAUGUAGAUGGAAAUCACAGCCUUGUGGACCAGAGAAUUUCACUGCCGUGAUAACUGAAUUUGGUCUUUGUUACACGUUUAACUCAGGUUUGAAAGGUCACCCUCUUCUAAAGGUGCAGCGUGCUGGAGUAGACUAUGCCCUCAGACUGUCUCUGAGCGUUCAGCAAGAUCAAUAUUAUGGGUCACUCAGAGAUUCGUCUGGGUUCAAGGUCAUGGUGCAUGAUCAAGAGGAACCACCGCUGAUCAAUGAGCUUGGUUUUGCAAUUCAGCCAGGAACUCAUACAUUCUGUGGUCUCAGGAAGGAAGUGAUGCACAAUCUUCCGCGCCCAUUUAAAACAGCAUGUGAAGACAAACAUUUAGCCGGCUUUAAAAAGUACACAAAGUCGGCUUGUCUACUGAAGUGCCGUGCUGACUACAUCAUCGGCAUGUGUAAAUGCAGAUCUUACGAUUUGGAAGGCGAAGCUCCACCAUGUUUACCGCAACAGGUGAAGAACUGCGUUUGGCCCGCAAUGGAAAUAUUCCGAAAUGAAAGCAACAACUGCGAGUGCCCAGUCCCCUGUGAGAUCACAAAAUAUCAAGUGCAACUGAGCUAUGCCCAGACCCCAGCGAAACAUUUCUCCGAAGUUCUGGCGAAAAGAAAACACGUAAGGAAGGACGUCAUGAGGCAUUACUUGAGGGACAACUUCCUCGAGUUGGAUGUGUACUUUGAAGAGAUGCAGGUGACGCUAAUAACUCAGAGGCCAGCGUACGACCAGGAGAGCUUGUUUGGUGACAUCGGUGGUCAAGUUGGGCUGUUUCUUGGCGCUAGCAUUCUAACAGUGUUGGAAUUUGGAGAUCUACUGGCGAGGAUUAUAGUCAACAAAAUCAAAAGAAAUCAACGACGGCAUGCUCGGACAGUUUGACUAAGUCAAAAGUGGUUUGAUUUUGCUUGAAAGAGAGGAAAUUUCACCUGAUAAGUAUUUUCGAUUCACUUAAAUGGCCGAGCAGUUUUGGAUUCCUAGUCUCGUUACAAUUUUCUCAAGCCUCGGAAAAUAACCAAUAUUUGAUAACCAGCAGUAGAUUGACUGAGUACUUGAAAUGCUGCUAACAAGCGGUUCCCCAUAAAGAGUUUUAUUUUCAUUUUCGAUUAUCCACAGGGAAAGCAAGUCCUCGGUUAAACUGUAAUGGUAGCUUAGCUUUCAAACAAAACACCUCUUUCGUGUUUAGUGAUGUAAAGGAGGUUUCAUAUCCCAUAAAGUUAUAGAGGAGAGAUACCUGUUUGUUCAUACGUAAAAUAAAUGUUAAUAAGAGUUUCAAGGCUUUGGAACUAAGGAUGGAGUAUCCCCGCACGAAUUUUGUCAGGUACCUCAUUCCCGGAUGCUUAAUCAAGAAAAAGUUGAUGAAAAGAUUUAGCUUUUGUUAUUUUUACAUCUUGCAGCUCAAAGUUGUUACUAAUGCGCGUUCAGAAGAGACUCGCUUGUCAAAAUACUCGGUUUCUUAUAGAAACCCUCAGACAUUUUUUUACUAUUUCAACCCAUGUGAGCGUUAGAAUAAUUUGAAUGAAGUCAGGAACAAGUUUUACCACUUACUGGAAAGUUUCAUUUGUGCAUGAGCCACCAUUAGAAAUAUUUCCUUGAAUUUUGGCAUUUCUUUUCAGUGUCCAGGAGUCUUAGAUAAAAUAG